AUGGCUAUCUGCAACUUUAAGACUAGCCACUCCAAUUUGUUGCUUCUCUGUUUCUUCAUAAUUAGUUUCUUCUUCUUCUACACCAGCUCAUUCACAACUGCUUUAUCCUUCAAUUUCAACAGUUUCAGUCCCAGUGACAAUAGAAUCAUAUAUGAGGGAGAUUCCGCAGUAAAUUACCAAGCCAUUCAACUAACAGCAAAUCAAACUGAUAAGCCUUUGGCAGGAAGUAUUGGUCGAGCCACUUAUCACGCGCCCUUGUGGCUUUGGGACAAGAGGACGGGUAUAGUAACAGACUUCAACACCCACUUCUCAUUUGUCAUUAACUCUCUAAAUAAUGCUGCAUAUGGAGAUGGCAUGGCUUUCUUUAUGGCACCUCAAGGUUCGAAAAUUCCUGCCCGACUGAAGCACGGCAGCACUCUUGGCCUAACAAGUGAUGGAGAGGAAUUGAACUCUACAAGCAAUCCAUUCGUGGCGAUAGAAUUCGACAUAUUUAGAGACAAUUGGGAUCCACCCAACGACCAUGUUGGCAUUGAUGCCAACUCAAUGAAGUCGGUCAAAAAUGAGAAAUGGUGGAGUGAUAUUAGGAAGGGGAAACUAAAUGAUGCGUGGAUAUCAUAUAAUUCUAGCACAAAAACUUUGAGUGUUGUGUUCACCGGAAUUGUAGAUAACCUGCCAGUGGAACAAUCCUUUGAUUAUGCACUGGAUUUGAGAUUGUACUUACCCGAGUGGGUAAUUUUUGGCUUCACCGGGGCCACAGGAAAUGCAACUGCUAUCCACACCAUCUGUUCCUGGGAUUUCACUUCUACACUGGAAGAUGAUAAAAUGCAACAUUGGACGGUUGAUGUUUGUUUGGGGUAUGGGCUAGUUGUACUUUUAUUUAUAUUAAUUGGGAUUAUUGGCUUGCAUGAGGGGAAUAGCAAAGUGAAAGAAGAUGAAUCCUUCACUGCACAAUUGACAGAACAAGAAUUUGAAACCGCAACAGGGGCAAAGAUGAUGUCAUAUGGCGAAUUGGAUAGCGCAACCAAUAACUUUGAUGAGAAAAAUAAGCUGGGGGAGGGAGGAUUUAGUGCAGUUUAUAAGGGGUUUUUGAUGUUUAAUUAUAUUGCUGUUAAGAAAUUCAAAAGGGUGUCCAUCCAUGGGUUAAAGUACUAUGCAUCAGAAGUUAUGAUCACUGGCAAGCUGAAGCAUGAAAACUUGAUUAAACUGAUAGGUUGGUGCUAUGAGAAGGAACAACUUCUACUCGUUUUCGAGUACAUGCCAAAUCUGAGUCUAGAUUACCAUCUUUUUAAAGGAACAACGUUGCUGAAAUGGGUGGAAAGGUAUAAAAUUGCAUUAGGCUUGGCCUCUGCUUUGCAUUACAUGCACCAAGGAUGUGAACGAUGUGUGCUACAUCGGGACAUAAAAUCCAGUAAUGUGUUGCUAGAUUCAAAUUUCAAUGCGAAGCUUGCAGAUUUCGGGUUAGCUCGCCUUGUGAAUCAUGAUGCCAAGUCUCAAACACUCGAAGGUUGGACUAAUGGAUACGAGGCUCCUGAAUGUCACCAAACAGGAAAGUCGAGCAAAAUGUCUGACGUCUACAGUUUUGGUGUCGUUGCCUUGGAGAUUGCAUGUGGAAGAAGAGCAUUCGUGCAAAUGGACGAUGGAAACCAUGUACGCUUAGUGAAGUGGGUGUGGGAUCACUGUGAAAGAGGCGACCUUCUUGAUGCAGCUGACCGAAGAUUAUGCGGAAAUUUUGAUGAGAAUCAAAUGACGCGUUUAAUGAUGGUGGGACUGUGGUGCGCACAUCCUGGCUUUUCUCAUCGUCCUUCGGCAGGAGAAGCCUUGGAAGUGCUCAAGUUCAAUGAUUUACCACCUAACCUUCCAUCAAAAUUUCCAGAGGCAAGAUAUGCUCCUGCUUCUGCAGGACCAUCAUUUUCAUCCUUACUUUCCAACGUUCCUACGAAUUUCUCAACAGCUAAAUCCCUUCUAUAAUUUCAUCGAAAUAAGAUGGCUUCACCUUCAACCGUUUCUCCAAUUCUACAUGGGAUCAGGAC